AUGAAGCAAAACCCUAUUCUUAUACCAGAAAUAAGCCGUAUCCUAUGCUCAUUUGUCGACACCAAAGAUUUACUCAACCUGGCACUCACUUGCAGAGCAAUCUACCACACGUCUUGCUUUGGAUUAUGGAACACACUCAACCCCAAAUCACACCGCAUUCUACGAAAAAUCAAAAACACAUUGGACCACACCUCCACCUACAACAAGUAUGUCUGGAAAUUCUGCCUGUCGUCAAAGCAGGACAUUCAUCAUCUGGAGCGCUUCUUUUUUGAUCACUUUUUGUUUCCCAACCUCAGGGAGCUCAAGUUUUCAAAUGCUGCUGCUCAAGAUCACAUCUUGUAUCCAAUGAUUGCCUCUGCUCAAAAAUCGCUUUCAUCGUUGAAUCUGUCGAAAUGCUACUGUCUCUCCACCGCCGUCAUCAAGCCACUGCUGAGCAUGUCACCACAUCAAUUGGAGUCGUUGGUCCUGUACGGGUGUGGAAAACUGGACGCACAGGUGCUGGUCGAGAUUAUCCAUCGUCAUUGCCAUACAUUGAAACGUUUGAGGCUUACCGAUGUGAAUGAUGCUAUCAUGGACGCCAUCCAGCACUGCAAAAAGCUGAAUGACUUGGGGCUGGAACAUUGCAGUGACAUUACAUUAUCCAGUGCAUCCUUGACCCGAUUCUUUGCAUCCUUGUCAAAAAAUCAGGUACAACUCACGCAUCUCCGUUUUCGUGAUAUCGACAGUCUGACAUGUCAGCAUUUACAAGUCAUUGCCAAAUCUCCCAGUCGAGCAUCACUUGUCCGCUUUGAUAUGAGUGAAUGCAAUCGCAUCAAUGCAGAGGGUAUCUCCUGGCUGGCAACGGAAUGCAUUCAUCUGCGCACACUAUUAUUGGCUUAUCAAGAAGGGGUGACGAAUCAAGCUAUACAGUUGUUCAUCCAAAACUGCCAUCAACUAAAGCACGUGGAUGUCUCUGGCUGCCGACUUCUGACCGAUCAUGCGUUCUUUCCUCUUCUUGACGCUAUAGAUGAUAACCUGAUGAAAAUUACUCUUGAAACACUCAAUGUCAGUGGGUUGGAUCUACUGUCACCUUCCUUGAUACACCAAUUACUCUCCAAGAUCAGCUCAUUGCAAGAACUGUGCUUGGGCGUGACCUACGAUCUGGAUGAGGCUGAUCAUAUUUUGCACAGCAUCAAUCACCAUGACAACCAGCAUCGAUAUUACAUGGAUACAGAGAAAUUUUAUACGAUUUGUAAAUUACCAUUCAACAAGACACCGCCUAUGGAUAGCGGUAAAAAGAGGUCUAAUUUAUACCUUCAUUCACAACAUCACCACCCAUUAGACGAGAUCGACGAUCAAGACAUAGAACAUACAACGCUACCUUCUCCAUCGACUUGGAACAUACCUUUAUUGUAG